GCCUCCUACCCGUCGCCGCGGCCCCGAUCGGGAAGUGUCAACACGGAGCUGGGUUUCCCAGUCUUCGCCGCUACCACCCUCAGCUGAUCCCGGACUCCUUAGCCAGGCCCGGGCCCAGCCGCCAUGACGAACGUGUACUCCUUGGAUGGGAUCCUGGUGUUUGGUUUGCUCUUUGUUUGCACCUGUGCUUACUUCAAGAAAGUUCCUCGUCUCAAAACCUGGCUGCUAUCAGAGAAGAAGGGAGUUUGGGGUGUGUUUUACAAAGCCGCUGUGAUCGGAACCAGGCUGCACGCUGCCGUGGCAAUCGCCUGUGUUGUAAUGGCCUUUUACGUCCUGUUUGUAAAAUGAAUUCCAAAGCACCCAUCUCAUCAGCUGCCAACCAAGAGGAUGAGGGUGAAGAACCUGUCUGGGGCCUGGGCCCAGUGUAAGAGAGCUCAGCUAAAAUCAUCAAAGUCCCCAAGAUGACACCACAGCACUGCUCCUACCAUAUGUGGGGAAAACUCCUCAUGGUUAUCAACAUUAUUUAUGCUUCAGGGGACUCGAGGAAGCCAACUUCCUUUGAUCUGUGUGUGAAUCAGUCCUCAGCAGAGAGCAUAUCAUAUCCAGAUAAAUUACACCCCACGGUGAUAAGAUUACAUAUACCUCCUGCAUAAAAACCUGUCACCUGUUUUGUUCUUCAGUCCCUCAUCAGGAGCUUUUCAAACUGCGACUCAUUAGGGAAGGACAUAGGCUGUGUUCACACCUCUUGGAGAAAGAGAGAAUUUUCAAGACUUGACUUUUCUUUUUCACUGUUUGAUUUGCAUUUGGCAAAGUGAUGGGGACAGGGUGGGUGGGUGGAUGGGGGAAAGAGGAGUUCCACAACGCCAAGAAAAUUUUUGGCUUUGGAAAUUUAUCUUUCAUAUACUCAUAUGGGAAUGUAAGAGAGAGGCAUGGUCCUCAUUGGAAAAAGAGAACAGAUGAUAGAGUUGUGCAGUGUGCUGGCAGCUUAAGAGUUUGCCAAGAAAAUCUGGGCCUGUGUAAGAUUUGAGAAUUCUCUGUCUGUGAUGAGACCAGAAAGCAGUAACUUAGAUAUGGAAAAAUGUUCUGUUCACCAGUAUCCCCAAAGGAGACUUCACCCCAUCAAAUGGUAUAUGGAAACUGAAUCUACUGUUGAAAAUUUUCUAAAGCCUUUUUAUAUAUUCUGAAUUACUGAGUGCUAAGUAGUGUUACUCAGUUUUAAAUGCCAUCACUAGGGGAAAGAAAGUAUUGAAGAAACAAUUUUUAAUAUAUUUGCAGUUAGGGUAAAAGAAAUCUAGUAUAUAAUUCAUACACUAGUAAAGUCAUCUAGGAUAAGAAUUUAUUGUGAUGUUAGUUGGAUGUUUUGUCAUGUUAUCCAAGACACAGCCUUAUUCUGGAUUAUAAUGGCAAUUUUUAAUCAAUUACUUGUUUUUUCUUGGGCAACUCUUAGUUUUUCUCACAUUUGCAGUACUUUUUAGGUAUCUAUCUCCCUUGGAAAUUCUUUGUAUUAUAAGAACAUGAUAAAUUCAAAUGAGAGAGAGAAGUUGCUGAUAUUCAUAGGCAUGUUUGGAUAGUUCACAGAAUCCAUUAAAAUGAGGGUGUUUUCUAUAGUAAAGGAAAACAUGUUUGCAAGGGAGAUUGAUGGGCUUUUCCCUGGAGUAUGGUAACUCUUGGACAAAUCAUUUUGGAUGACUCAACAUUUGAAGGGACAACUUCUCCAUUAAAAAAAAAGAAAAGAAAACAGUUGGUCUAAAAUUAUAUUAUUGUAAAAAGCAGGCAUAGACAUAGGAGCCAACUGAAUCGUCCAUUACAGUAAAACCUGACUGUGGACACGUUAGCUGUGGUUGACCCCUGGGUGGCAGGAAAUUGUCUUUUGUCUUAUCCCCAAAGAAAAGCUGCUAGGAAGUUUAGGUCCCAAAACAGGCAGUUGAGUGUUUUGAGGGUUUCUAGAGGUGUAGCAAGUCACCAAGUAAACACUACACAUCUCCUCCUCUCAGAGUUGAGCUUUUAUUUCUUCAGGAAUUGGCCCACAGGGUACAUUUCAGUGAUUAGUGUUUUUCAGUGUCCCUUCUGAGGACUUUCACAUGAGGGAAAGGAAAUCUAUUGGAACAGAAAGGAAGAGUUACACCUUGUAGGUGUGAGUCUGGCCCUGGUGGCCAGCAGGAAUGCCACUGUCUGGAAAUACAGGUUCAGCAUGUUUUGCACUUGUUAUUUUGUAGCUUUAAUGACUUGUUUUCCACCUAAUGUCUCUAAGCUGGGUGAGUAGAGCUGCUUCCAUUUUAAACUCGUGUCAUUUCACCAUUCUAGUUGUUCAAACCAAUUUUUACAGCCUCCUGGGUAGGUCAUCUUGACCCUAAGUUGUUCUAUUUUGAGGUGUUUUCAUACAAGAAUGUACCAAAAAGUGCACAGGAUGAAGGUAAUUUACAGCAAGAAACAAAUACACAGCUUAUUUCAUUUCUUGCAUUUAUGUAAGCAGAUAAGCGGAAACCUGUUUAAUUCAUUACUUUGGUUGAUAUGUCAUAUAUAUUUUGACUGAAAAUUGUAGGAAGUCGUUCCUUUAGGGAAGUCUUAGGCGUAGGAGAAUGGGGAUGGCAAUAUUGCCUCAGAUUCAAACUGGCAUCACCAUAAACCCUGAAUGCCAGGGUGCAAUGAAGUCAGCCUUUUAUAGCUGAAAUACAAUUUUUUAUUCACCAUUGUCUGCACAAAUCCUUGAAAAUAAAAUUCCUUUCCCUACCA